GUCUUGGAGAUCAUGCCCACAUGCAAUCAAGAUAGUGGCUGCCGCUCGCGUUUUCCGCUGUUUGAGGCGCUGGGUCAAGCGGGAGCUCGCACGCUUUGGCCGGGAGCCGCGCGGCCUCGAGCCCUGGGCCGAGGCUCGCGUUGCACCGAUGACGGCUGCAGCGUUGCGCAGCAACUGGCGUCGAGUCGAGGAAGCAAUUUGCAAGGAGAUGCCGCGAGAGGCUGGCGUGGCCUCGCUCCAAAUCUUACUGGAACGCGGCUUUGACCCCAAUGCCGCACCCUUCGGCGUGUCGCCGUUGCUGCUGGCUUCGCUGUCCGGGACCGCAUGCAUCCAUGGGCUUGAAGCAUUUAUACUCAAGAGCCUGACGGCUCAUCGCAAAGCCUUUGCGUUGUGCACGAUGGCCACGGCCCCGGCAGCACCUCCACAAGAGAGGUAUCAGAAAUUGGACAAGGUCGGCGAGGGAUCAUGUGGAGUCGUCUUCCGCUGCAGGUGUCGACAGACUGGGCGUAUCGUGGCGAUCAAGAAGGUUCGAUUCGCUUACGAAGAGCCCGGAGGUACCUCUGAUGGCCCGUCCCUGCUGGGGGCGUUCGGGGCUUCGGCGCAAAUACUCCGCGAGGUGGCCGUGUUGAAGUCCCUCGGCAAGCACCCGGGCAUCGUGCCAUUGCUGGAAGUCUAUGGGGAAGCAGGAAAGCUCUUCAUGGUCUUCGAGUACUUCGAGCGCGACCUCGCACGGUACAUGCAAGAAGCAGGCUCGCUCUCCGAAAGUCGGGUGGUGCGCUUCUCCUGGCAGCUGCUCAAUGCCAUGGCUCACUGCCACGUUCAUCGCGUCGCGCACCGGGAUGUCAAACCCCAGAACAUUCUUGUGAAGCCAGAAAGCGAUGAGUUGAAGUUGUGCGAUUUCUCCCUGGCUCGCUCCGUGGUCGUACAGCCCACCGUUUCGCAAAGCCCGGAGACACACAAGGUGGCCUCACUAUGGUAUCGUAGCCCGGAGAUCUUGUUGGGAUCAGAGAACUCAGAGAACUGCGGCCACUGCGGUGUGCGCCUCGAUGUUUGGUCACUGGGAUGUGUCAUUACAGAGAUGCUUCUGAACGAGCCCUUGUUCCCUGGCUCCUCGGAGAUAGGCAUGCUCUUCCAGCAGUUUAAGCUACUGGGCACACCGAAUGAGUCAUCAUGGCCUGGAGUGACAUCCUUGUCCAACUGGUCAACUGAAUUUCCAAACUUCCAGCCGGGAUUUUGGCACGAGAAAGUGAAGCGGACACCGGGCAUGUACAAUCUCAUCUCCUCCAUGGUGUGCUGUUGCCCUGCGCUGCGGCAGUCGGCUGGUGCAUUGCUGGGCCACGGUGUAUUCCGCACGCUGGACCCUUCCCUGCCUCCGUCCGUGAAGCUCUCCUCACAGCGCGACAAGGGCCGGCCUCAGGUGCACCAGACCGAAACUGUCACUCAGAAGGACAGACUUGCCGGGCAAUCAGAGGACCAGAAGAUGGCUAUCGAGGACGAACCGCUAGGAGAGCUCUUCAGCUGCCUUAAGCGGGAGAAGCCCGCGCGGCCCGUGCUUGCGGAGACCGAGGACGUGCGAGGGGCCAGCAAGAAGCCCAAAGAGACUCAGAGAGCUUCCUUGUUGGAUGAGUGGCACGUGAACACUCAGAUUCGCCGGCCUCGCUGA